UCAAUUUUAACUUUCCAGCCCAUUUCCAGUUUGGUUUCAAAGCUGCAUCUCUCGGCACUACAGCAUACAAAUGAGACACAUAGGCCUUGACAGCGUACAGACCCCUGGGAUCUUUUACAACAUAGUCUUGGACUUUGACAAUAAAUCCAACUGUUUGUUUUAGACCAUCCAGACAUAAAUCUCAGCAGACGUUGGUCUCCAUGCAACUUUGGAACACUAUCGGAUUUCACAUGCCUAUACCCCGUUUCAAAUUUAAAAAACAUUUUGGGGGUUCAUGGAAAUGAAAAGGCGAAUAUGAGAAACGGGACCUCAACGAAUGUCUUGAAAUAGAUUUCAACAGAAGGCCAACUGGACGAACCAUACAAUUUUAUCUGAUGGGAAAUUUGAUAAAGUUUUAAGAUAGGCUUUUUGAUUAAUGAACACAUGCGCUGGAUGGUGAUUGCAAUUAUAAUCUACUGGUUUAAAUAAUGUGGAACAUGUUGGGUGGUCUUCAUUUAAGAUGCUAUAUUUUAGUUUAUACAAUAAUAAGGAAGAUAUGGUGCAGACAAGAAUGAAAAAGCGGAAACAGUAUCGAUCCAUUUGAUAGCGAGUUCAAGUUGGGAGAGGCCAUUCAAGCUCUUUGUUGGAUUAUGGCGUCGACCCUCUGUUACCGAACAAAAUUUACCCCUUUCUAAUCCGUUCCCAUGACUAAUUUCUAAUGUUAUUCUGUGUAACUUCUGGUCGCAAGUCUCGUAACUAGCUGAUUUGUUUCCACAUUUUAGUUUGUCCAAGAGACUGUGGAAUUCGCCCUUUGGCAUGGCAACGGAUGAAAAGGCAAAAUUGCAUUCGACAACAGAGAGUCAGGUUUGGGCAGUUGGAACGAUAAGUGACUGUAAUUAGAGUAGAGCCUGACUCAAAUAGACCGUGAUCAUAUAAAUUGUCACGAUUUACGAUUACGAAUACAAAAUUCGAACAGCCCGCCGCGUAUUUUAACGAAUUUGUUUACACCCGGCAACGUCGCGCUUUUGUUUCAAAAUCUUUUCGGCUUUCACUGACGUUUCGAAUUUCGGCUGUUAUUUUGGAGCAAACAUUGUAUGUUUGUAUCAGUUGACGUAAUUCUAGAUAGAAAAUCUUUAGUUCUCUUUUAAACUUAAUUGACGGUUUGAAAAUGGCCGAAAGUGACGGAAAUGCACAAGAUCAAGUUGAUGAAGAGUCUCGCCUAAGUCUUCUCAAUGAUGCACUAGACCAAGCCUCCAAAAAAAUCAUGAACAAAAUUUUAAGUCAAAAGGCUUUUGCAGAAUGUCUUCCGUUUUUGAAAAAGAAAACUCUCGCUCUGUUUCAUACCAUUUUUGGUCAAAAAUUACAGUCCAAAUUAAAGGAAGAAAUUGACGAUCUUUUUUCAUUUCUUAAUCUAAAAGAGAAGCUUGAUUUUCUUGAUAAAAUUGACUUAGAACAAGCAGAGUUAUCUCAGGGUGAAACUGUCUGGAGACCGACGGGAGAUCCAUCCAAGGAUAUGCUGGCUUACGACAUGCCUGCCUUGCAGUCACAUAAAGAAGAACUUUUGUCAUCUCUAAAAGAACUUCAAGCGGAAAAUGAGAAUGAAAAGAAAAAGAUCCUCAAAGUUGUGGAAGGCAUCAGUGAAACUGAAAAACAAAUCGAGGGACUAUUGAUCAAGAAUGAGAAAACACUCGAAGUUUUAUCCAGCUUACCAAGUUUAUAAUCUCAAUUUGUUUUUUUCUAUUCUGUACAUUACAUCAAAUUUCCCCAA